GCGCAACUUGAUUCAGGAAGUACGCAUUUCAUUUUUACGUUGUGCUCGAGUUAUCGAGUAAACUUUACAAAAGUCCAAAAAUUGAUCAGUUAUUUGGUUAACAAGGCAUACAAUUCAGCUGAAAAUGUCCGCUGGUCCUGAGUCUACACAUGUAUCGUCGCUUGGGAAGGGUGACAGUUUGCAUCAACAGGUUCUCGCCUCCUUCCCUCUGUGUGACAUUACAGAUGAGGAUCUGACCCAGAACCCUCAGUUCUGUAAACUCCUGGUCACCCUGGCACAACAUGUGGAUCAAAGUGGACUCACUGUCCCACUAAAAACAGAGCUGGAAAAGGCUGAGCAGAAGCUGCAGAGCCAGAGGCGUCACUGGCUGCGCUCUGAGAGCCUCCACAAAGGGCUGCAGGAGAUGAUCCAGGAGCACUGUAUCAGGAAGCACCAUGCCACUGUACCUCCCGACCAGAACAUGUUCUAUGAGACGAUGGAGAAGUCACUGCUGGUGGCUCAGUGUAUUAGACAACUGGAUCCCAGUAGCACUACCAACCAAGAGCAGCCCUCAGUUCUGGGUCUGAACCCCCAACAUGUGAUGGAGCUCAUGCCAUUAGAGAAGAAUGUUCAAAGGAUGAAACAGGGUCUUCCCAGAGAACUGGAGAAACAUCUAAAGAAAAAGUGCAUGGGCCUCCUCUCUUACUAUCAACCUGAAUGGGAGAAUGAGAGUGAGGGUUUGAAGAGCAGCAAGUUGUCCCACCUGUCAGCUCAGCUGGACAAAGAGAAGAAAAGAGCAGAGAGUCUAAAGGAGACCUGCCGGGAAAACACAGUUCUCCUGCAAAGACAGACUCAACUCUACCUAUCCGAACUGAUUAAGUGUAUUCAGCUUCUUCAGUCUCUCAUCUUGGACCACAGGCUGAGGAUCCAGACUGAUCUGGACCGGAAGAAGUUAGACUACUUGGAGGGAAAAUGUGGAUUAGUCUUACAGAAGAUCAAGACCGAGAUGGUGGAAAUUCAGCUGGACACGUACACAGUGGACUCAAUAUCUGCUCAUAGAAAAAUAAGAGAGAAGCUGGACUCUGAGCUGAAGGCCUGUCAGGUGGAGAAGCAGUCUGUAGAGUUGAAGCUGGCCUCCUUUGAGAUCUUGGGUAAAGAGUUUGAGGCCUUGGCUGAGGAGUACUGCAGAUUACGGCAGGAAAUAGAAAUGAAACACUGGGCUCUGAAGGAGUUCACCCAGUACAAGGACAAAUGAAGAUCAGAUCUGUUGCUGGGACAAUAGCCGGCCAUUCCCUUUUCAUGGUGUGUCAUUGCUCACAUUGAAAUGCUGGCUUUUGGAUGCUUGACACAGAAACUGUGUGGACUUGGCUUAUAAGAACUGUGUAACAUGUACAGCAGUAAGUGGGUUAAGGAUCCAGUUACAGCUCCUAACUUAACAAUGUUGUUUAAUUAACUUCAAUAAAUUCAAUUUUCUUAAAAUA